AUGGGCCUAAAGAAAUACAUGAGCGUAACUCGCACCUCGACAGACUUUGCCAUAUUUGCAAGGGGGCGUUUCUCUCUAGGCAAGACGAAGAAUGAUAAGGAGGCUUAUGCUUUCUCUUCCUCCUCCUCCUCCUCUUCCUCCUCCUCCUCCUCUUUUCUUCUUCUCCAUAACGGUGGAGCUCACAAGGAGCCACGAAAUUGUGAGAGUACUUCACGACGAAGAAAGAGACGUCUAAGUAGUACGACACCCAAAUCUUCUGAGCGACUGGAUGGUUCUCAGGCGCGCGACGCCAGUUCACAAACAAAUCAGUCAGCAUCAGAGCUCCAAUUCAAUCUGUCAGCGUCGUCGCAUCGAGCUGAAAGAAGAAGAACCACAGCGUCUCGAGUCAUGAGUCACAAGUUACGAAUGCAGCUGUUACCGAGUGACGACGAAUUCGUCACUACUCGCCAGAUAUAUUCGUAUCAGUCUGGUAUAUUCCGAACGUCGUCUUCACUCGUCGCCGCCAUCAGACGAAUGGUCGGACGAAUGGUCUCAGAAACGUUUCGAGAUGUUGCGCCACGUUUAGGGAACUCACCCAGUCGCUGUGUUUUGUUAUAUAAAGCUGCGUCGAGCCCCAUGAUAAUCAGUGUUGCCUCAGCCACACUGCUGUGA